UCCCGCGGGCUGGGCGGGGAAGGGGGGGCAAUACGGAGCCGGGGCUGUGCUGAGGUGGCAAAGGAAGCGAUCCCGGAUGUGGCGGAGCCCCGGCGGCUGCGGCGGAGGAGAAAGAGGAGGGGAGGGCUGAAGAUGGACUCCUCCGAGAAAGCAGCCGCCACCUCCUCCCCUCGGGGUCGGCCGCCCCGGGGUAGACCCCCGAAGCUGCAGCGCAACGCCCGCAAUGGCGUGGGCAAAGGUGGGGAGAAGACUCCGCAUAUGGCAGCCUUGAUUCUCGCGAGAGGAGGCAGUAAAGGCAUCCCCCUGAAGAACAUCAAGCACCUGGCGGGGGUCCCGCUCAUCGGCUGGGUGCUGCGCGCAGCCCAGGACGCCGGGGUCUUUCAGAGCAUAUGGGUUUCUACGGAUCAUGAUGAAAUUGAGAAAGUUGCCAAGCAGUGUGGAGCGCAAGUUCAUCGAAGAAGUUCAGAAGUUUCAAAAGACAGUUCCACUUCUUUAGAUGCCAUAUCAGAGUUUCUAAGUUACCAUAAUGAGGUUGAUAUUGUAGGAAAUAUUCAGGCUACUUCUCCAUGUUUACAUCCUUCUGACCUUCAGAAAGUGGCAGAAAUGAUCCGAGAAGAUGGAUAUGAUUCUGUUUUCUCUGUUGUGAGGCGUCAUCAAUUUCGGUGGAGUGAAAUUCAGAAAGGAGUAAGCGAAGUGACAGAGCCUCUGAAUUUGAAUCCAGCCAAACGCCCUCGUCGGCAAGACUGGGAUGGAGAAUUAUAUGAAAAUGGCUCCUUUUAUUUUGCUAAAAGACAUUUGAUAGAAAUGGGCUACUUACAGGGUGGGAAGAUGGCCUACUAUGAAAUGCGAGCUGAACACAGCAUAGAUAUCGAUGUUGAUAUUGACUGGCCUAUUGCAGAACAAAGAGUAUUGAGAUAUGGCUAUUUUGGCAAAGAGAAACUUAAGGAAAUAAAGCUCCUAGUUUGCAAUAUUGAUGGAUGUCUCACCAAUGGUCACAUUUAUGUAUCAGGAAACCAAGAAGAAAUAAUAUCUUAUGAUGUUAGAGAUUCAAUUGGGAUAAGUUUACUAAAGAAAAGUAAUAUUGAGGUGAGGUUAAUCUCUGAAAGGGCCUGUUCAAAACAGACACUCUCCUCUUUAAAACUGGAUGUGAGAAUGGAAAUUGGUAUAUCCAAUAAGCUAGCAGUUGUAGAUGAAUGGAGAAAAGAAAUGGGUUUAUGUUGGAAAGAAGUGGCAUAUCUAGGAAAUGAAGUUUCUGAUGAAGAAUGCUUGAAGAAAGCUGGCAUGAGUGGGGUUCCUGCUGAUGCUUGCUCCAUUGCCCAAAAGGCUUCUGGGUAUAUUUGCAAAUGCAGUGGAGGCCGAGGUGCCAUCCGAGAGUUUGCAGAACACAUCUUCUUACUGAUGGAAAAAGUGAAUUCAUGCCAAAAAUAGAACAUAAUGUGAUGAUGAUAAUGAUGAUAAAAAAGAAGAGGAAACUAUAUGGCCCUCUUCAACCACUUUGCUUUUAUUUUAUUGGUUUUACUUCCAAGUUGUAAUGUUUCAGAAAUAUGAUUUGCUCUGUGGUAUAAUUAAAUAGCUUUAAAAUGAAAACUUCUGAAAUCAUUAGCCCAAAAUCUGUUGUAGAAAAGGAAUGGUCUGUAUUACCUUUUAUUUGAAUUCAUCACUUAGGGUUGCUUCCAGGCUUUCCCAGAUUUUUGUUAAACACAAUUAGCAAUAUUGUCAGAAGGUUAAAGCUUUGCAUCGUACCAAAUAAGACUGCAUGUUCAUGUGGUUCAAGUGAUCCUUGAGUUUUAUUUAUUAUGGGACUGUGUGUCUGUUGAGAUUUGCACUAUCAAUUAAUAAAACUAUAUUGCACAAACUUCA